GUAAGGACUAGAUUGAGAUUGUACGCAAAGUGCAGGGCAGGAGCCACUCAUGCUGGGAUAUCAUUCUCUCCCCUUCUGUCCACCAUCCACACUUGAACACACUGGAGCUGAUUCUCUUCAGACAAGACCUGAUCUUUUCCCCAGAUAGACUGGGAUGGAGAGGGACACAAAUCACUUAACAGAAAAUAUAUUAAACAUAGCCCUGGAGAUCAUCUUCCUGCUGACUGGAGAGACCUAUGGUCCUGUGAAGACAUCAAGUGAAUGUGUAACAUCUAGCAAUAGCCACUAUGUAUAUGGAGAAUCUUAUAGGACACAGAACCUUAUCACAGAGUCUUCACUUCAGUUACUUACACAUAAUAAAACUACUAAUGAGAAGAUCCUCGAACUCACCAACAAGAUCAUUGAGCUGAUGACUGGAGAGGACACAAACCAGGAGAACCUUAUAUCAGAGCAAGCACAUGAUGAAGUGGUGGAUAUCAAUGAGGUGAAAGUAAAUAACGAGGAGAUAGACCAACAUUUAGAAGAGGAUAAUAACUGCUUUAAUGCACCUGAAGUUGAACAAAACAUCACGGAGUGUCCAUCCAAUGACAACCUUGCUUCAAUAGAACCAGUUGAAAAUGACAGUGAUAGUGUAUCUACUGGUAGUUUGAAAAAUGUCAAAACCACCAGUAGCAUCUCAAGUUCUGAAACAGAUCAGAUAAAUUCAAAAAAAAGAAGGAAGCACAUUUGCUCUGAAUGUGGCAAAGCUUUCUUGCGCGAUGCACACCUGGUUGUACACCAAAGAACACACUCAGGUGAGAAGCCUUUCUCAUGUUCAUCUUGUGGAAAAUGUUUUAUCAGCAAAUCACGUCUCGACCGACAUUGGCAAAUUCACACAGGAGAGAAACGAUACUUCUGCUCAGAGUGUGGAAAAAGUUUUUUUAAUAAUUCCCAUCUCCAAAUCCACCAAAGAAUCCAUAAAGGCGAGAAACCAUUUGUAUGUUCAGACUGUGGUAGAUCUUUUACAGAGCGUUCCAACUACACCCGUCAUCUGAAGAUCCAUACAGGGGAAAAGCCAUUUUCAUGUUCUGUUUGUGAUCAAAGCUUUGUGCAACUAAUUCAUCUCUUGGUGCAUCAAAAGAAGCAUGAAGUUGAAAACCAGUUUUCUUGCCGGAAAUGUAAAGAAUUCUUUCCUUCAGAGGAAGCCUUUCUGACCCAUCAAAAAGUCCACGACCAUAAACUGUAUUCUUGUCCUGAAUGCAGAAAGUGUUUUCUGAAUGUUGUUAGCUGGAUUAGACAUCAGAGACUUCAUACCGGUGAGAAGUUAUAUACCUGCCCUCACUGCAAAAAGCAGUUUAUAAAUAAAUCCCAUCUGGAAACACAUAAGAGAAUCCACACGGGGGAGAAGCCUUUUGCCUGUCCUGAAUGCAAGAAGCAUUUUAGUGAUAAAUCAGCUCUAAAUAAGCAUAUUGCAGCCCACAGGGGAGAAACACCCUUUAACUGCAACGAAUGUCCUAAAGGUUUUAAGCGGAAAGUGAGCCUUUUUUUACACCAGCAGCUACAUAAGGGAAAUAAAGUGUUUACUUGUUCUAGAUGUAGAAAAUAUUUUUCCAAUGAAUUUGAUCUACUGACCCACCAGAAGAUUCAUGAGGCUGAUAACCCAAUAUCUUGCCCAGAGUGUCAUAAAGUGUUUGUUAGUAAAGUGAGCUUAGUCGCCCAUCAGAAGCGUCAUAUUGGGGAAAAGCCGUUUUCAUGCUUAGAAUGUGGUAAAGCCUUUAACGACAAGUCAAGCUUGGUUGCACAUCGGAGAGUCCACACAGGAGAGAAACCAUUUGCCUGUGCUGACUGUGGCAAAGUGUUUUCUGUAAAGUCAAAUAUGGUUCGCCACCAAAAAACCCAGACAGGAGAGGAACCUUUAACUUGUGAUGACUGUGGAGAAAUCUUUAGGUCAAAAUCAUGUUUUGACUUCCAUCGGAAAAAAAUUCAUACCAGCGUAAAAUAUUUUUCAUGUUCCAAAUGUGAAGAAAAGUUCACCAACAGGUUGAGCUGGCGUAAGCAUUGUCAGAUCCACAAAGAUGAGAAGAUUUACACUGAACUGCACAAGCAGCUAACAUUGUAUGAAUGCGCCAAGUGCAAAAAGAAUUUUAAUAAAAAGUCCAACUUAGUAAGACAUAUGAAAAUUCAUGACAAGAAGUAAGAUUUUGAGAUUACCAAUGUGAGACUUUUCAGUGUAAACAUUUUCUGAGACAGGUCCUCUAAUCUUAAAGGGACAUUUCCAUCAGAAAGUGGUAUUUUUAAAAUCAAUAAUAACUGAAAGCAUUUUACUUAGAAUUUUCUUUGCUGUUUUUCAUUUUGGCAAUACUAUGCCAUUGAAAAUGAAAUGCAGAAUGUUGUUCCUCUGUAGCAAACAGCACAAAUGAUAAAACUUUCUAAAUAGGUAACCAUCCCAAGAAAAUAAUCUUUAUAGUCCACAGUAACUGUGUUUAUGCACUGGCCUGAUGUCUUAUACUGUACAUCAGCAGGGUCCCGCAGCACUAUUUCAGCGCUUGAGUGCCUGCUGGGAAGAUGUGCGCCAGGGUUGCCUAGGCUUUUUCAGCAGAGACCGCUGACUAUCUGGAGAGCUCAGGCAGCAGGAUGCGUGGGGUGAGCUGCUUUAACUACUCAUAUCUUUGGAUCUGGAGCUCCUAGAUAUAUUGUUUUGUUUGAAAGCUGAAAGUCUAAGCUUUAAAACAAGAUCAGGAUCACAGCAUUAUCUCCACUACAUCGGAAUGAUAGCAGGUUCGGGAAUAAUACCUGAUUUCUAUCCAAAAAUAUGAGUGGUUAAAGCAACCCUCACUGUUUGUGAUCUAAUUCAGCUGGAAAGGUGUUAAUGUGAUCCUCUCCUGAGAUUUUUUCCUAAUGUUCUAGGCACUUAAGGGGUAUACACUGGGUGGCUCUUUAUUCUUCUUCUUCUUCUUCUUUUUUUUUCUUCUUUUCGUACAUGUAUGUUGCUGGUGUGAUCUUUGAACAUGUGGCCCGCUUGCGCGUGCAGCGGGUGCAAUGGCCGGAGGGUCUCUGUUGUUUCAAAAAGCAGAGGCCUGUAGCUAAAGUCCGUGACCAGCAAGAAAACCGAUCGCGGACAUUACAGCUAUCAGAUGCCGUCAUCACGGC